GCACCUGUGGUUUUAUGGUGUAGAAACCUGCAAGUUCCUGCGCUUCCUACACACUUCUGACUUAGUGAUAUUUCUGUCGGGCUAAGGACAACGAAAUAAGAAAUGGCCAUUAACCAGCAGCCGGGCCAUGUUGUGUCAGUGACCACCACCACGAGCAGUCCAGGCACGUGGAGCACUGACCUGUGUGACUGCUGCAGUGAUAUGGCCACCUGUUGCUGUGGGUAUUGGUGCUUCCCCUGUCUCCAGUGUCAGACUGCCAGUGACUAUGGCUGGUGCUGUGCCAUGCCUCUGCUGGACUUCUGUGGCAUUGUGUCGUGCAUACUCCGAGGAGGCAUCCGUGAGCGCUACAACAUCCCUGGUUCUGGUUGUGACGACUGCUGUAAGGUGAUGUGUUGCUACCCUUGUGUUUGGUGCCAGAUGAGCCGAGAGCUGAAGAUCAGAAAGAACCAAACUGUGACAAGCAACGUGUUUGUCACUACAACCUAUGGCUAGACGGAAGUCUAGUUUUUAUUUCAACAUUUACAGUUCAGGAUUUUGCUUAUGUGGGACGUUAAGUGUGUGCUUUGUUAGGUGUGUUCGACCUUUGAAUAUUUUGCAAUAAAGUGUUAAUGAUU